AUGGCACUACAAGGGAUUUUCUUCAGUUCUCCUCAACUACAAAAGCAAUAUAACGCAGGUAUGGCUUCAAAUCAGUUGUCGUUCUUGUCGGAAAUCUGAAUUACCAUGUGUAAUUUGCUGUUCAUUUAAAGAACAGCUGUGUUUCACAUCGAUAUGGGAGGUCUCAAGACACACCAACCCUUCGGCACUCACUCAACCGAGCGCUUCGACGUUUCUGUGUGAAUAACUUAAUCAGUAGGCUUGUUUAUCCGAUGUCAGUGGGUGCUCUUUCGCCCUGAAGUGCACGCCUUCACUUAACUAUAUGAUCGUGCGUGAUCUCAGAGUAAUGCCAAGUAACAUUUCGGUUACAUUGUGUAAAUACUUCCCCGGUUAAUAGGUGCUAACUAAUGCGGACAGCUUAACGCGAUAAUGUCAAUAAUACUUCACCGCAAUAUAUUCCGUCGCAAAUAUUCAUCAGUUUUUAACAUUUUAAGUUCUGUUGUACGCUUCCGAGAUCGACAUUGGCUCAAGUCCACUUCAAACGAACCCGUAUUUGAAGUGAAUAUGAUGUGUAUCAGCGUUUCACUGGACAUGUACCGACCGCGUUUGUGUCCCCCAGCAUUCAGUUUAUCAUGCAUCAACUACUGUGUAUUAUCAUCAAAAUCGUUUUUAAUGCGAUGUACAGACAAUAUUUUGUCACAUUAACUUCUUGUAAUACAAACGUUACUCCAAUUUUAGGCUUUUCUAAACUGAACAUGAUAGAAAGAGGGCGCAAGUUUCUAUGUUUCCCGCAAGGGUCAUUGAAUUAGAGCUAAGUGACAGCUUCAAUAUUUCCUCGCUGACGGUCAAAGACAAAACGUGAUGAGCGAUUGUGGUUUUAAUUAACGCGAUGUACAUGAAUCUGUGCGUCAGUAUUGAUCUAUUAACAGGCCGCAAAGUAAAACAAACUAUCAAAACUAAAUAUCCGGUACAAAGGAGCGAAAGCCUACUCAAUUCGUUGAUCAGGUUGAUGCUUAUUCGUACAUAGUGAAUAAUUGUUUAAUCAAAGCUUGUCCUUUUCUAGAGCUACCAUAAUAAGUCUUUUAAAUAUUGUCUUAGUUAAAUAACGCCGGCUUCCAACUGGCAAAAGAUCUUUUCAGAUGGGUUCACUCCUGUUUCAAUAGGGCCAUUUAGUCUAGUUUGGGAGCAAAGCAACUUUCCGAAAACUAUGAUGAAUUAUAAACUUGCCGCGGCUUCGUGCUUCCAGGACAUCAGUAUGACACAAAAACAAAAGGAGGGAAGAAAACAAGGAAAACAUAGCACUCUUGGAGUUCUUUUGUCUAUUGUAACAUAUUUAGUAACAAAAGAAUUUUAAAACAAAACUCGCAGACGUUGGCGUGACUUGAAAUUUAAUGAAGGUAAACAUACUCGCAUGGGAAAUAUUUGUGCCGAAAAAAAAGACUAAUUGAAAAAGUUAUCUUUGGUGAGAUUUCUUCACUGUCUGACUCUCAAUACUUUGACUGUGUUUUAAACGCAAUUUUUCGCUCAUAAAUGGUUUGGAUUGCGCUUAAAGUACAAAAAAAUAAUAUUAAGAAACAUAAAAUAUCUAAAUCACGGAUAAAAUCAACGUUAGUAGUCAUCUUAAGAUUUAGGCCCGAAGCGUCAACAGCCCGUAGUAACUUAGAACUUCUUUCUUCAGCAAACCGCAUUCACUAUGAAAGCAUCAAAAUAUAUACCUUUUGUUUCAAUAGCUGGAAUAUUUGAAUAACAAAAGGAAAGUUUCGAAACAAAUUACAAGAUUGUGAAGUUACAGUUUGUGUUUACCAAGGAAAUGAAUGCAUUUACAAAAUAAUGCGACGUCGGGAAACAAACUGACCCGUUCCCCGAACUCAUAUUGUUCAUAAAUUAAUAAAGAAAAAGGUAGAACCUAUUUCGAAUGCCAGGCUUUUUGCAGAACUUAGCUUCGGCAAGCUGAAUGGAAAGCCAUCUGAGCGUUAAUUCAGAUGAGUGCGAUCAGGCGAAGCCUUCCUGGUAAGUUAAUCAAAAUGUCUUUUAAGUUUUCUACUCCAGUUAUUUCGGUUACUUUUCGACAAACCAAUUAUUCUAGGAAUUUCGUUCGAUCGCACUAAAAUUAAGCUGAGCACUGCAAGCUUUGCCGGGACGAGGCUGAUCGGAAUGAACCGUUGGAUGGCUUGCCAUUCAGAGAGCCGUUGCUAUGUGGUAUCCAUGCACGAACCAAGUUCUGCAAAGGGGGCCUAUAUUGGCCUAUAGUGACGUCACGGCCACCAUAUUGGUGUUCCUAAACAAUGCCGAACGGCGACCAUAUUGGUGUUCCAAACCAGUCUUGUGGGAUUUAAACCAUGUACUGACGCUUUCUUUUGUUCCAAUGAACUUGCAUAGAUGUUGGCCACGUGAGAGAAAACGCUCUAUUAGAACUUCGAAAAGUAACCAGAAAUUAUAUUGUCCAGAGGCUAAUGCAUAAUUAAUUAUCACGUUUAUUUGGCAAUCUCAGUAAUUUUCUAAAUCACUUCUUGUAACUAAGUUCGGCGUGUGAAUAGACAGUCAUAGCUUGUUGAUUGUGGUCAUGCAACCAAAAAUUGCUCUAACCAAUCACAAAAAGGAUGAAACAUGAUUGAAAAACUGUCACCGUCCAUAGAUUUUUCGGGUGGUUAUCUGUAGUUUAAGAGUUUCGAGGAGGAAUAAAUUGACGUCCUGAGAAUUUCUUUUGCAAUUUAUUAGUCAACCUUAUUACCAAAAACUAUUUUAGCUGGGAUUUUUUUAAAAAAAAUCGCUCCAGAAAAAGAAGUCCAUGUUAGUAGGGUUUAUCGUUUGACGGGAUCCGGGGGUUGGUGUAUAGAAAGUCUUGGUAAAAGCACUUCUGACUAUCAUGCAUUUUCCCAAACAGCCACCUCAAAACAAGACCAGUACAAAGCCAACGGGAUCAUGAACAACGCUUUCUCUGAUUAUCCCUCCGAGCGCCCUCAUACCCCCUCAUUCAUAGGCAGCUAUUCAUCUGUGUAUGACCCACACCUCCAUCAAGACGUGUUUAACGCGAACCGGCCACCGAAAGCAUCAUAUUUAUACAAGGACACGCCAGUUGAGCCCCCGUACGUUUACAAAAGUGAAGCGCCAAGACGCCCUACUACAAUCUCAACAAGUGCUAGUACAGUUGGCUUUUUGCCUCCCAAGAAAAAGCAGCGCAGCAUAUGUGGAAAAAGCUGUGUUCUUCUGUUAUUAUUGGUGUGUUUCAUUAUUCUGUCUAUUGUCAUGAUAGUGUUGUAUGCCGAAAAAAAUGAACAGGGAAGCGAAGGCAAAACAAACGGAAAUAGCCAGCCAAUGGUGAGUAAACAUAUUCUACUUUGCCGCACUUCUCACUGCGGAAGAUAUCGCCUUUAGUUAGAAAGUAGGCUGUGCUAGGCUCUUAGAUAGUACAGACGUCACGAAAACAAGGUCAGAUCAAGGGGAAAAAGGACUCACGUACUGCGGCCUGCGUAGCAAACGUUUCCGUGCGGUUUCGGAGCAAAGAACGAGGAACGAGAGUCAGAGACCGCGCGAAAAAUGACGCGAAUAAAAGAGCGGGGAGGGGGUGGGGAAGAAAAGUAUGAAACAAACCUUUGAUCGACACAUGUCAAUAUUGUUCGACUAGCCAAGUCAAACAGGCGCCCCGUUUGCUAUCGAACGGGGUUUUCAAAAUCCUGGGGUUUGUCUGCAAGCGUUUCAUUCCUUCCCCUCCCUCUCCCCCCUAUUUCAUUUUUCGACUCUCGAUUUAUUUCUCGUGCGUCUAAAACCAAAAAUCCUGUUCCUCAGUCUUGUUUUGCUCUGAAACCAAACGGAAACGUUUGCUACGCAGGCUUGGACGUGCGUGAUAUUGGGAACGGGCGGGGGCGGGAGAAUAACGUCCUUUCUCUCCCAGCCCUCGCGCAUUUUCUGCGUUAGUGUUUGAUUGGCUAACUAUUACUUUUUUCCUGAACCUUCGUGGUGUCAUGUAUCAUCGCUGACUUGGCAGCUUUCAAGCUUGGCUUUUCAAGCCAACCUAAUCCAUGAGCUCUUUUCUUUUUGACCUAGCUUACAUUAUUUUGUAAUGAAGAUGAUAUGAACUUUGGAAAUACAAAUUGAAAUGAAGAAAUGAUCGUCGCAGCUGUAAUAGCAAUUUAAGCAAUUGCAAAUCAACCCGAAAAUAAUUUUCUGUGUAUCAACGGAAUUCAAACUCAGUCAUAACACAGUUAAUGAAGUGGAAUGGUUAUGAAGCCCGGCAAAGUUCUUUAUCACACGUUUUUAUGAGCUUUUUUACACUUGACCGUAGACAAUAACGUUCAAUAGUAUUCCUAUCAUUUGGAACUUACUGAUCAAUAUAACCAUCGCACUCAUUUAUUCAGUCACAAUUUAAAAAACAAAGUAAGGAUUGUGAACGUCAGAGAGCUUCCACCUUAAACUGCGGCAACGUCGUUUUCCUCUUUGAUGUUUGCCGGAUUUCAUAUGCUAGCUGUGGUCAUGGCCCAACCUCGUCCCCAGGGCUUUUCCCUUAAGAGAAAAGCCCUGGGGACGAGGUUGGUCAUGGCCACUACUUAAGCGCGGCAGUGCUCUACCAACUGGGCCGGCUAAUUUGUUCUGCAGUCAUUGUAACUCCUGAGAAGGAUGAAACAUAACGGUUAGUUGUGUUUCCUAUUGACAGACAGGUGCUCCAACUACAAAACAAAAACUGGACUGCAGACCUCUUCCAAAACCAGUCGCUUUUAAUUCGCUGCCAGCAAAUGUAUUGACAGAGUUGAGAUCUCUAGAGACCUUAAUUAAUUCAACAGUGGUAAACGAAGGACCGGUAAGUCCUGUCUUGUUGUUAAUGGAUGUGUCUCUUUUUGUUUCAGUAAUUAAGGUAUUGUCAGGUAAAUAGAGAAUAAUCUUGGCCAGUUUUAUUUCACUUUUCAUUGGUAAAACAAAAGUUUAUGAAAAAAAUAAGUAUUAAGUAACCUUUAUUAGAGUGGCAUAUACACGCAGAAACUAUAAGUUGGGCGAGUUGGAGUAACCUGAAGAGUUUUCAAAGCCAACUCCCAAAAGUGAAAUGUAAAAUUCUAUUUACAACUAAAUAAAUUUAUGGUACAAACAAUGUAACUUACCUCUACCCAGCCUGCCUAGUGGGCAGAAAUGGUUAUUCUUGGGAGUGUGUGAGGUGGCCGCGAGAAAACUGAUUCAAAGCGUCUGCUCCCCAUUCUCCGCACGGUUUCGCAAAUCCUCUGCCAACGCGCGCUUUGCCGGCGGUAAUGAUGGAUCCUCCCGGCUAUGCUGGCAAACCAGCUCUACUAAGCUUUGUUCAGACAAAAUGCAGCAAUGGGUAUUCACUCCACUCCCUGCUGUUUCACACUGCAGUUUGAGGAUUCUUUCACUCCCAGGAGCCCAAGUGGAGUGCGACAAAUCACGAUUUAAGCAAAAUUCAAAACAGAUAGUAGCAUGUGAAAGUACUUCUGCUGAAAAUGUUCCAUGGGAUCAAUGGUCACGACAUAGGAUUUCAUCCCUACACUCAAACGUUAAAACUGAAUAACCAGUGCAUCCCUUCAUGACUCAGGCAUUCUGCCGUUGGGAUCCCUUCUUGAUCCCUUAAACCUCCUGAAUUUAAGUUUGUCCCACGUUAACAGCCUUUGAAUUCUUUUAUAACGCUUACAAAGUUUUUGAUCAUUGCUGCCAGUUUUGAGGCAGUUGUCCCUUAGGGAUAAUGUACGCGCUAAUAACAAAUUUUGUAAUUGUAAUGAUUAGUUGUUUUUUUAUGUUGUUUUAUAGAAAGCUGUAAGCGUCAACAUAGUGUAUAUGGACAAGGUAAUUUGGCAAAAGGAGUUUGGGGUCAUGAACAACUCUGAAACCAAUAAGAGGAAACCAACAUCAAGAACUAUUUUUCCAAUAGCAAGUGUAUCAAAGGUCCUCACGGUAAGAUACGAGACAUCGUAGUAUUUUUUUUAUUAUUUUACGCUUUUCUAUUGUUCCUGCAAAUGAUAAGCGGUAUUAAGGUUAUUUCGUAGUUUAGUGAGUCUUUUUUUGUUCAGUUCGUGUUUGACCCGUUUAUCGGAAUAAGACAAAAUCACGAUGAAGUCAUUUUACAACAAUUACCAGAAUCCUUCAGUUUGUUGUCCAUCUUCUUGUGCAAAUCAAGGCUAAAGUUUUUUAAACCUCAGUGGCAUUGACCAAUUUAAAUAAUAAAGCAACUUCUUAAUGUCGUCAUCGUGUAAAUAGCCUAUUACAGUUUGACAGUGACGCGGUUUAUGUAUCAGAUUCUCGCUAUAAUCCCUGUAAGUGGAAAAUCCCAGCUGUAACGGUUGAUUUCCAGUGUCGCGUGUCGUGUACUUGCGUAAAAUUUACGUUCGCAAAUGAAAUAGAGGCAAUGCAUGAAAGGUCGCUCGUAAGCGUAAAAGUUGAACCUCAACUUCUCGUUCAAGCUCAGCAUUUUUUGUCUUGCCUCUAUUUUAUUUACGUGAUCAAAAUUUACGUGCGUUAACAUGCGUAGCCAAAAGCGCGUCAGUGGAAAUCAACCUUAAGUGGAAAGAAUUGCGUGAAUGGUAAUCCGUAAGAAGAAUUCGUUCAUUGACAGUACCACUUCUUGAUAGUCCCGGAACAAACCGAUUUUAGACUCUAAGAUGUGUGAAAUAGUUAAAAUGGCCUGACACGAUAGCGAAAGAUGAUAUUCUCAGGCCCAGUUCAAAGGUCGAUCUUUUCAUGUACCGAAUCUAAUCCCUUCAAUUUUGUACAUGAAAGAAAGGACGUUUGAAUCAAUUAAGUUCGACAUAUUUGAUUUUUUUGGGGGGGUCGACCCAUGGAUUAAGAUCGAGUGGCCCACAUCUCACGUGACCUAAUUCAGAAAAACUACUAAAAAAUAUAUUAUUUUUCACUUGUAGGCAUUUCAGACCAUUCAACAUCGUAAAAAUGAAUUGAGUCCGACUAAUUAAGUUCAACGUCUGAAUCAACCGUCGAACUUAUAUCAUUUGGGUCGACCUAAAUAGAUAUUAAGUUAGGUACAUGGAAAGAUCGACGUUUGAACAGGGCUUUAGACCAGUUCCUGAACCCCUAAUCAUGUCUAAGCGCUGGUUUUUCUUGAGAGUUUACUUUCGACCUUCAGUAAAGUUUGAAACAUACACCGAGGACCCGGGGGGGCACUUUAGGAAUUCCUGGGUGGGGAUGUGCCGCUGGGACCCUGGAACCCUUGACCUAUACCAGAGCUAGUUCAGCUGAAUUUUGCUACCCUAUACUAGAGUAAACUCCCAAAAUCCCCCUAUCCUAGAGUAGCUGUUUCCCCAGUCUAGAUAAAAUGUUCAACCAACUGAUCAGUUCCCUGGAUAAUGAUACCCUAUUCUCGACCCAAACGCUCUGAUUUAUAUACCCUAUCCUAGAGUAAACUGCUUGAAAACCAUACCCUUCACCGCGGCACAUACCCAUAUAGCCCAUAUAUGGCAGUACCCCCCCGGGACCGUGGAAAAGGGAAAUCUGAAUGCAUAAAAAAAACAUUGUGUAGCUAAUGAAAGGUGCAUGUUUGAUUUUUUAGACGUUAAUGCUUUACAAGUUAUACAGUCAAGGGAUCGUUAGAUCUCUUGAUGAUCCGGUGACCAACUAUCAAUUUGACUUUUCUGUGAAAAAUCCUUUUAAUAACGCGCCAAUUACUCUGAGGUGAGUCCUGAAUCUGUAUUCUUUCCUUCACAUUAUAUUUCGUAGCAAUAAGCCGAGGAGAAACUUAUCAAAAGCUUUAAAAGUUAGCAAAGUAAUCCUCUUGAUAGAGCAAUUUUCGUAUGACCUUGAAAAAUAGUUUCAGGAAAUGUUCAUUAUUUGUUUAAUAAGCCAAUGGAUGAAAAGAUACAAACUUUGCCUCUUCGUUUUCCCACCAAAGAAAACCUUAAUAUGGAGAAGGCAUUGUUGGAUUGGCCAAUCGUGUUGCAGUAUGACGUCAAAGCGAAGUUGUAUCGGUUGUUGAUUUCUAGCAAGAUUUUUGGCAUGAAGUUAUUUCACGCGAGCGUUCGCUUAACCAAGGAAAAGCUACGGUCGUUUGUUUCCGUUCAAUAAAAUAUCAAAUCGCUCUGUUUCCGUUCGUUUGUUGUUUCUGUUUUGUACGCCCGUUUUCAUUUCAAGGACAGGCAAAAAUCGCUCUAUCGCUCUGACUUUACAGACAGCUUGCAUCGCAUCGUUCAGGUCUACCAAGGGAGGCGCCAUGUUUUCCAGAUAAAAAGGAUAAUCUCUGUCCUUAUACUCAAGCUCAGAUGAUACAAAGACUAAAGAAUACAACUCUACUGAAAGAACCUGGAAAGGAACCUCAGUACAGGUUGGCAACCAUUAUAUAGUGUCAACUGUCCCCCCCCUCCCCACCCCCCGUCCCUCUCCCGUCUCCUCCCUUCUUUUUCGCCAUGAUCAUGGUGCAAGUAUUUUGGAAUUUGUAUAGUAGCCACUCGCGGGGCUUUAUGACACUUUACUUAGCACCAAAUUAAAUCAGUAACUUCAUACUCACUAAACGCGGCUUACAACACUAGGGCCAUUUAUACGAGGAAAAAUAAGACGCGUCUUACAUAGGACGCGUCUUAUUCCGUAUAAACGGCACAUUUCGUCUAAAAUAAGACGCGGCUUAGCUAAGACGCGUCUUAUUUUAGAACAGCCCUUAACACCUGUUCUUAGAUAAGACGCGUCUUAGCUAAGACGAGAAAAACCUCGUAUAAAUGACCUUCGCGUCUUACAUAAGACGCGAACGCAUAGUACGCAUGCGUUAAUUUUUGGUGCCCCACGUUGGAUUGCCGUUGCUACGCGCAAAAUUCAUAUGAAAAAGAGUCAAGAACAGAAAUAAGACGCGAACCAUUUAUACGAGCUGUUCUCGUCUUAGAUAAGACAUGCUCGUAUAAAUGGUACAGUUCGCAUCAUAUUUAAGACGCGUCUUAUUUUUUCUCGUAUAAAUGGCCCUACUGUUCAUAUAACUGCUAACAAUGGACAAUCACUUGCGUUCUUUGUGAUCUCUUUUUUUCAACAAAAUUCAUGUUCGCUUUUAAUUGAAACAAUGUAUGUCACGUAAACUUAAACUUCAAGAUAAAAUCUGCUUUCUUUCUCAACCUCCAGAACCUAAAAUCCCAUUUGUACGACUACUAUAACAUCUAUUGAAUUCGACUGACUGAUUACAUUUAGCAUUCAAUUAAUUUCAUUCAUCUCAUCCUAGUGCUCUGAGCCCCCGGCGGUACUCCUGAGAAUUCUUGGCGGGGGUGUGCCGCCGAUUCUCCAAAUCCUAACCCUAUUUCAGACCAAAAAAUUUCAUUUUCCACACCCGUUUUCAGACUUGGCCUCUAAGAUAUUUCUCUUUAUUUCUGAUUAAAAUUUAAACCGUAAGUACGUUCAUAUACUCCCUGUAGUUUCCUAGAAAACCAUAGCCUAUUCCAGACCAAAUUGGGCAAAAUGUACUACCGUUCUCAGACCAAAACGGUUCAAAAACCAUACCCUUUGGGGCGGGACAUAUAACAACAACUUUAUUCUUUGUACAAAAGUACAAAAGUUGGAUAGUUUGCCCCGCAAAUAACUGGAAAGCUAGUCAUGGCGGGGAAAGAUAAGUACAUGAAUAACACAAUUAUUUAGUAAAAACAAAAAACCUUAAACUAUUAGAAAGCCUUGCAGAUUGCAACUAAAAAUAAUUAGUAAUAUCCAACUUGUGGUCUAUUAUCAAUGCUGCGUUCUGAUUGGUUGAGCUACUACUAGGCUAUAUGUUAUAGCCCACUAGUAGCGAAAAGGGCGGGCUUUUUGGCGGCAAAAAAGGAUUCAAGUCUAGCUUUAACUAGCUAAUUUUUUUUUCUCGAUAUUUUUGACCAACUAGUUGAAUUUUACUAAAACAAUUAUUCCUCUCGCCCUCAUUGGCCUCUGAGUCAAUAGCCCAUUCGGGCUAGAGGAAUAAUUAUUAGAUAACACAGAGAAGUUAAUAAGUGUUCUAAUUAACACAGCGCUUACUGAGGUACAAUGUAUUAAGACUCUUAAAUGAUAACACAGCAAAAGAAAAGCAGGCAUUAAAACCUUUAGCAAGUGUAUCUGCUUACCUUCUUUUUAAUAAUCAUGGGGAUAUGAAUAUAGUCAUCCUCUUUUUCCAAGAUAUCAAAAAGCAAUUUGCGGAGAAUUGUUUUGAAAAUUUCUUUGAAAGAUCGUUUAUUGUUUAUUGUUUUGUUUGCCAAAAAUUGUACAAAUCAAAUAAAAUCUAAUUACUUAAACUCUCAUGGCGAGGAAGCCCAAGAGAAGCCACCGGGCUUAUAAGGAAUGGGCUCCCUCAGUUAAAUAAUUAGAACAAAAUAUUAUCAUAAUUACACAUGGGAAAAUCAAUGGCAGAGCUAAAGUAAAUCUUAAAAUAAGUAUAUUAGAUAGUCGUACUAAUCAUAGUUCUAGGCUAAAAAAAGCUAAAUGAUAAAAAAAAACAAAAGAAAAUAAAAGAGCAAAGGAAGAAAAAAAAAUACAUUUAUAUAUAUAUAUAUAUAAAUUACUAUUUAUGAUAAGAGGAAUGCUUUCAGCUUACAGCAAAAGGAAGCGGUACUUGUUGCAUUUCGAAUUUCAAGACUAAGAGAGUUAAAAAAUUUAGGACCUUGGAAACUGAUGGAGAACUUUCUUAUAUUAGUCCUGCAUUGUGGUAAAUAAAAAUGCUCUGAACUUCUAGUGCCAUAAGAAUGCACCUGGCGUCUCACCAAAAACAUGUUAUUGAAGCUAUAAGGAAGUAAGCCAGAUCUGUAUUGAUACAUAAAUUUUCCUAUUUGAAGUUUGUAGAUACUCUCAAGAUUCAGAGUUUUUAAAUUUUUAAAUAAGGGGUCAGUGUGAGCAUCGAAAGCACUCCUCGACAUUAUAUUUACGACCCGUUUUUGAAGUGUGAUUAAUCUUCUGAGGUUUGAUGGGUAGGUCGAUGCCCAGACGCUCACGCAGUAGAAUAAGUAUGGGCAGAUAAGGCUAAAAUAAAGCAUCCGUAAGGAGGAAUUAUUAAGGCAAAAACUGGAUUUAUAAAUUAUACCUAUGGCUUUAGACACUUUCCGAGCAACAUUAUGUAUAUGUGAUUUCCAUGUUAAAUGUACAUCCAAAAUGACACCAAGAAAAGUAGCUUCCUUAACACGAUCAAUCGAAUAAUUACUAAUAUUAAAAGCUAAAUCAAGUGUUUGCCUGUUUUGUCUUAGCUUAUUUGAAUUAAACCAACACGUUAUCUUUUUCAAUUCUAAAUUUACAACUUCCAUAAGAUAGGAAACAUCAGUAUGCGAAUAGAAGAUAUUAGUGUCAUCAGCAAAUAGCAUCAGCUCUAAGACCUUUGACACAUUACAUGGAUCUUUUAUAUAUACUAAGAAUAACAGGGGACCUAAGAUAGAUCCCUGAGGGACUCCGCAAGUGAUAUCUAAUGAUGAAGAGUUGUAACCAUUAUAUUGCACAAAUUGUUUUCGACAAAAACAAUCCGUUAUAUAACGUGGUAUCUUAUUCCACUGCUUUGCUCCUAGCCAAAAGAACGAUUUUUUUUCAUUUCCAGUCUAGAGCUUUUAAUAUAAAACUUUCCAGACGUAGAUGAUCGUGUAUUGUAUGAGUGAAUAUUAGACGUUUUCUGAAAUAAAUGUAACAUGUUUGCUGGGUCGUUAUCGUUAUUUAUAUCGUGCAAUAAGGUUGAUACGGACUCACAAUAAAGAAAGUUAUUGGAAGCACGUUCGUUAGCUUCGAGAGAUAAAGGAAUUGCAUGGUCAUGCCUUGUUGAAGUUUAUCUUUCGCUGACGUUGUGAUACAGAACUGCGAAAAAUGAUCACUAAUAUCAGAAAUUAUGUUUCCGCUAGCGAGGAGUUGGUCAGGAUUGUUAACAAUCAACGUAGCAGAAGAUCUAUGAACCCGCGUCGGUUUGUCCACUGUUGGAGUAAGAUAACAGCUUUGAAGAGAGAGUAAAAAAUCCUGGCUUAUUUGAGAUGAUUCACACUCGAGUAGAUCUAUAUUAAAAUCACCCAUGAUAUAAACGUCCUUGUCACCUGACACCACGCUUCUUAAUGUUGAAUUGAUAACUGUAUGCUUCUGAGGCUUCGAUGGAUUUCCUAAUAUGAUUACACAGAAUUGAAAUUUCCGUAACUCUUGAGACGAGCUCUUGAAUUUGCCUCUCAGCCUCUACUUUGAAGCGGAUGAAGUCGCCAUAUUGGCUUGACGUAAAUUCAAUUGAAUGCGCUUUUCCUGGUGACAAUUCCCGUUCGGCAUGUCGGCCAUGUUAAUUUUUGACAGGUCGUCGGUAACUUUUUGUAGUUUGUUCUUUAAUUCUUCAAUUUCAUUACACAAAGUUGGAUUUUCCUUUCGAGACACACCUAUAUGGCUUGUAUAAAAGAGAACCCCCGAGGUAUGAACUGAGAGACAAACUUAUCUCCAGAAUAAGUACCCCUUGAAUCUUUGAAAAUAAGCUGUGAUUUCUUUUCUUUUCUUUUCUUUUUCGAUCUUUUUUCAUUUUAACAUCUUAUUAUUUAAUAUGUAUUCAAAGAAUCAAGAAUUUAAUUUGUGCCUUUUGCAGUACUCUGAUUCUGUAAAUACUGUAAUACUAUACAAUAAAAGUUAACUUGUCAAGUAAAUUAUAAAAUAAAGCUCAUUGUUGUUGAAGUUGUUGCCUGCACUGAGCAGUGAUAUAGUUACGAUGGAAACUGAAAUGAGCUGUGGUUCAAUUGAAAAUAUCCUUGAUCCUCAUUGGCUUGAAGUUACGGCCCCCGUUUUGAUCAAAUGAUAACACUGGGGCGGGACACCAAAAGAACGAGGUUGAUUGAAAACGAAAAUAACGAAACUUUUCCUUUAUAGUAACCUGGGUUUUGCACUACUCGGCCAAGUACUGGGUACAAGGUUUAGAAUUGGUGGCGGGUUUGAAGAAUGGAUGAGAGACAAUUUGUUAUCCGCCCUUGGAAUGACAGAUACAACCUUCCCAAUCAAUUUGGAUGCGAGGUAGGAUUUUCCAGAUAUGAUUUACAGUAAUCUAUAAUGAAAAAUCCUUUUUAACAAAUUAAAUAAUAACACCGUAACAUUUGAAUCAGAAAGCUUGUCUUGUGAUUCCUUUAACAAUGCGUUAUAGUUUACAAGUGCAGCCAUUGUUUUGGACUCUGAAGAAAAUAGCUACACUCGUAAAUUACUCUUGUAAAAGUUUUAUUAAAUUGACCCCAGCAUGUAAAAAUCAUGAAUUGGAAACGCUUCUGAAGGAACGUGUAAGCUUUUUCUUGUGAAAUAAUGUGUUAUUAAGCACUUAAUUUACUACUUACUAACGAAGGGCGAUCCCUCCCGAACGAAAUUCCAUGAUAAAACCCUUUCCCUAAAUUUCUAUCUAGCAUGGUUAACCGAAUUUCGCUGAUGUUGUCUGGAAAGGUGUCCCUUUGGACGUCUUCGAAGAACUGAAAAGGAUACGCAAAUUGCAUAACGACUUUACUACCCACCUCCAUAAUUUAGGCUGCCGGGAUUCGAACCCUGACCUCCAGCUGGGACGGGUGUCAGUAAAACGCGGGGUCGGGAUCGGGAUCGGAAUCGGGGUGUAUCUUUUUUUAUAAAAGAACGCUGUUUUAAGGUUAGGGUUAGGGUUAUGGUUGACACUAACCCUAGCCCUAACCAUAACACUAACCCUAACCCUAACCCUAUCCUAAUUAACCCUAAAAAAGCAUUCUUUAAAAAAAAAAAAAGAUAAACCUCGGCAUCGACCCCGACUCCGACCCCAACCCUGUGUUAUACUGCCACCCAACUAGGAGCUGGUCAUGAAAUUAAAUUUUGCAACUGCAUAAGUUGUGUCUUCAACUGCGAGGAUCUUCUCUGCAUUCAUUUCUUCACUCCGCAGUUCCAACAUUGUUCCAAUAUAUGAAAUUCAUAUACACAUUAUUUCAUCCACAAUUUAGUCUGAGUUUUUUUACUCCAAAUGGCAAUGACUACGAUAUGAUUUAUUUCUUAAAAUUUGCUAUAAUGCUAUGUUAUCUAAAUCAAAUCUAAAUCUAAGGUCAUCAUAUACUAAAUUGAUAACACCUUAUUUUUCGUUUCCAUUUUUUCAGUCUUAAGCAGAGUAUUCCAGUUGGCUACUUAAGCAAGAAAGGAGAAUUCCACCGUGUUCUAGAAUGGGGCUGGUUAAAUCCAGGCGGUGGUGCAUUCUCCACUGUAGCAGAUCUAGCUAAGGUGAAAAACCAAAGAGUGUGUGGGACUCCGAUAUGAAAAGGAUGGGGGUGUUUGUCAGAAAAUUAUAACUACUCACGCUAAAUCAGGCUAAAUUAGACCCCAAAGGAAACCAUGCACAAUAUGACAGCAUUUGGUUUUGUAUAAAGAUUUUUCUUUGCAAGUGAAAGGUUUAAAACCAAAAGUCUGACAUUUGAGUUAGGUGGAACAUGAUCGUCUCGGUGAGUGUAGUUCUGAAUAAGACUGUUGUUGGCAGUUGCUCAGACGUUUAGACAACCUGUUCGGUAAUGCAUCUUCAGAGUCAAAGUGAGUUGCAUCUCGUCAGUUGAUGGUAUUAAACUCUGGUUACUGACCUGAUUGGUUGAAUUAAGUAUUGGUCAAUUAUCGGUCGUCUGUGAGUUAAGCUGUGAUGUUAUUGGCUAUAUGCUAUGAAUGUCACUGACAGACAAGCUAAUAUAUAACUACAUCGCGACUUAAUUAUCCAGUCCGGUCAAUAACCUGUCCGAGUUGAACUGACGUGAUACAACUCGAUGCUCUAAAGAUGACUACCGCACAGGUUGUCGAAACGUCAUUUACUGCCAACAACAGUCCUAUUCAGGACUAAGUUCACCCGGACGAUCAUUCUCAACCUACCUAUGAGAUCUUUCUUUACUCACAACCCUAAUCUAGGGGUAACCGUAUGGGUAAAAAAUAUUGGCUUUCCGCCCUUAACACCCUAAAUGAGACCAACCCCAACGAGAUGAAAAGCAUCCAUCACAUUUAUAUGUGAGUCCCCCUCCCUCGGAGGCAAGACAUCAGUGCUUCCCUCGUUCUUUUAUUUUUACACCCUGGUGAAAAAUUUGCGCGUGGAUAUGAUAUGUUUCCCUGAAUUCAAUUACGUUACUAUGUAUUCGGCACAGAGGUUUCUGCAACAAGAUAACAGGCAUUUUUGUACUUUAAUUACGCCAGGACAUUUGAAAUUUCAGAGAGUUCGUGCACGGACAGGACUGAACAACCCUCAUCGGGGCCAGCCAUUUCGCUCGUGUAGUAAUCAGCACACUAUCCAGAGGAGUUUCGUGUGAAUAAAUGAAUUACUAAAAAUGUCUAUACCUGUCGCUUAGCACGAUUAAUUAGCCCAAUGGGAUCUUUAUGAAUCUACUGUAAACGAUUUCUUCGCUUCUUACCUGACCCAGAUCGACUUUGUUGUUCGCCAUUUUGAAAAUCAAUAACCGCAAGCCGUAUCCUCGCUGGCGCACGGCACGUCGCCAGAAGGGCGACCGAGGCACGAAGUGCCGAGUAAAAAAACGGUCAAGGGAGGAAACUUGUACCACGUGACUUUGUUUGCUGUGAACCGCAUCACUCGGUGACGGAAGUGAAUGAGACGGGAAACGCAAAAGCAACAGACCGCUGCUAAUUCGAGAAUCAAAACGUAUUUUAUACUGUAAGCCGAUCUUGCGAGCCCUCAGUCUCUUUAUUUGCGGUCUAUAGAAUGUGUAACGAAACUGUAACGCGAUCAAAAUAACCCAUUUUUCAGAGGUUUUCGACGGGUUUUGAUGUUCUAACGACAAACACAUCUCUCUCACGAAACUCCUCUGGACCCUGUGUAAUCAGCUCCUGUCUUGUCGUGUUACUAGGUGGUAACAAUUUGAGAAAUUUAAUUCUUCAUUUGUUUUAUUUUUGCAUGCUCACUUUCAGCUGGAGAUAGCUCUUUUCAGAGACGGAUCAAGCAACAGAUAUCUGCCUAGAGGGUAUACGGAUUCAUUUUUUGCGCCAGGUACUGAACUGAUGAUAGUUGCUAAGCCAUCUGUACAUUUUUACAUUUCAUUAGCUAUGUUGACUGAUGGGUUAACUUCCUAUAUCUAUUUCUUUACUUUAGGUUACAUUCUUCCAGAUGGAAAAGGUGAUGUUGUUGGAACGCCAUGGGAAAUGAAAAUACUCGAUGACAUGGUUAUCAGAGAGAAAAGUGGCUACAUUUAUGGCUAUGAUUCAAUUGUUUCAAUACUUCCAGAGAUGAAAGUUGGUAAGGAUCCUUAAUAUUCUGUAGAACCCACAUCUUGUGCUCUGAGUGCGCUCGCAAAGCUACCGUGUAUGGCUUGAAUUACACGAGCCUUAAAAGACACAGUACACAGUAGCGAGCUUAAGCAUCGAGACUCACUGACCUCCCGGACAUCGUGAAUAGCAACCGGAAGGUCGAUGCUUCACUUAAUGGAACGUUUCUGUCUCACCAACGAAUCUGAAUUCCCUUAAUAGAACCCCCGUUGUACGAAUUUGUCGAGUGAGAGCACUGAAAGAGAGAUCGAAAAUAUUAACUUCCGGUUGUCAUUUUUGUCGUUCGGGACGUCAAGGUUCUUGUCGCGUAAGGUCUUUUAUUCCCCUCAACCAAGUUUGUCCCCAGGGCCUUUCCCUUAGGCAAACGUUUUCCGCCCCUCCCAUUUUCUAAGGCAAAAGUCCUGAGGACGAGGUUGCUCUUGAGUUACAGUAAAUUAAAAUUCAGACUAUCUAAUUUUUUUGUUCGCAGAAGACCUCUAAGCCAAUCAAAGCGGAGUAGAUUGCUAGCAAUUAUUGUCCAGAAAAGCAAAUUUUCAGGCAAAAAAAAACCUUGGAUGCUAGGAGUAGGAACCCUACCUAUAAGUGCUACUGCCGUGUGUAGACGUUUGCGAACAAAGGAAUAUCGUUGGAAAGCAAAUCACAGAAAUUGUAAGACGGUCUGUCACGUUUAGAACAUGAAAAAGCUCGGGGCUCUUUGAAGGUUUGCAGAUGCUAGACCAAGAGCAGUUCCACCUAAUUAAGCGAAACGCGCGAGAUACGACCACGCGCAUAACUGAAGGCGCGAAAUGGGAGAGGAGUGAAAUCGUUUUGACGGAUUGUUGAUAGUUUGUUAUCAACGAUUCAAGCAUCAGCAACGCAUAAUUCAUUUUUUCUGGCUAUGGGAGAAGUAUAUCUUUUUUCUUCUCGGGCUGCCUCCCUCGUUUCUCGUGUCUGAAGGCGUGCACUACCCUCACUAUUCUAGAUGUGAAGAAAACGAUAGACUGCUCGCAAUACACGUAGAUGCACGCAUAUCACUUAUAUUUAGGAAUCCUGAUAUUGCAGCUUCAUUUCAUGAUAUAAGAGGUCUUAUAGUUAAACGUCAAUUACUGAGAACAAAUAAAGUAACUAUGAUUAGUUUCAGACUAGUUUAGUAACUGUGAGUUUACACAUAAUGAAGUCACGUACAUUCAGGGAAGCAAAUAGUCUUGGGGUGUAAUAAAUACAAACAAGAUAAUUGCAAAGAAGAUCAUCUUCAACAUAUAAAAUCAUUUCGUUUUCAUCUUUCCCCAUUUCAAACCAAUUUAAUGACCAUCUCCCAGUUAGCUUGCUGCCACCGGUAUCUCAGAGGUGAGGUUUCAAUUUUUAGCAAGCCUGAAUUUUCAGGCUUUCUUUUUGCAACUGCAUAAGCUGCGAUUCUAACUGGGAUGAUCUUCUUUGCAUUUUUUUCUUCAUCCCGCAGUUCCGAUACAUGUAUUCCUAUUAUCAUCAUUAUAUUAUUUGCGGUGUACUUGUGCUGUUGGUGCAUUACAUUUUCGACUUCCAUUUACUUUUCUGUAGCAAUGAACAUCUUGUGUACAAACUGCAGAGCUCGACAACUCGCCAGCACAGUGAGAAGCACUUUUAUCACCAAGAUCCUCCCUGCAUUUAAGGAAGCUCUGAAUAAUGUCCAAAUACAGGUGCGUAGCUUCUCUUUUAUGGACUGAGGGGGAGCUUAAGUUGAAAAGUGAGAGGAUCUCACUCGGAAAAUUCUCUUUCCCUUCUCUCUUUAGCUUGAGAAAACAGCCGCCAUUUCGCGACGCCACUAGUGGUUUCCCCACGUUAUACUACUACAUGUUUUUUUCUGCAAUUUGGUUGGCUUAGAGCAGUGGUAUUUCGGCUUAAUUUGAAAUACCUACAUGUGAAAAUUACAACCGCCAUUUCGCGACGCCACUGGUGGUUCCCCACGAAAUAACGUAUGAAAAACGAGCGCAGAAAUUCCAUUUUGAUGACGUGUCACUACCCAGAUCUAAGUAGUGCUUAUGUAGAUUUGCAGCCAAUGAGAAGCAUUUACGCUUUUUCAAAUAAUCCACAAAAGCAUAGCCAUCACGUAGAUAUAAGAAACAAAACUAAUAACGCUAAGAAUUGCGCAAGGACUCACUUAAAGACGAUUAGCACUACCCAGAUCUGGGUAGCUAGAGUGGCACGCCAACAGUAUGGACCUUCUGCGCUCGAUCGUUUCUCGGACGCCAUUUCGUGGGAAACAACCUUUGGUGUAAGAGUCGCAAAAUGUAACCUGUUUUCUCAGGCUAUUGCAUUUGUCUCAAGUGUAGAAUUGACACUUAGCUCCUUAUGAAACCCGUACUGCACUCGAUGGCAUUAUGAUAGGCUUGAUCUCCGCCGCUCUCUAGGUCCUCCUCCGCGGGAGGAGUGCGGGCUCAUUUCCCGAACAGCGGCUGGUAAUCGAGCCUAGCAUUGUGAUAGCAUCACACAAAACAUCAUCACGGGGAGACGACUCGAGCGUUGAGUUGGUUUAUUUGGUAUGUAUAGCCUUCAUCCGGGCAGAUAGCUGCUUCCUUCUGCCAAAUGGUAGCCAAUGCGCAGGCUCAAAUAUGAAACUUGCCCGUGACUUCAAACUGUCCCUGAAGAAUUACGCCAGGGCUCUUAAUGACGAUUAGACAUGUACAGUCACCACUUAACUUGUAUCGCUGAAACAAAGUGGUACAGGCAGAAAGAAGUUAAGGGAAGAGGCCGAUCAUAUUCCACCCAUAUCGGUCCUUUUACUUUUGUGUUUAAUCCAAAUUUAAAAUGUUGUAAUGUUUUUCAUCUUAUAUUUUAUCCAGAAAAUUGUGAACCCUCCCGAUACAAAGCCAUUUCUUGGAGUUUUCCUGGUUGAGGGAGUCCCUGGUAUAAAUCAUAUGGAAGCAAAGAUAAAGGACACACACAUCCAUCUUUUUCUCAACGGCAUCAACGAUUUAUUCAUUCUAAACUACACACAGCCAGAAACAUUCAAAAUCAUUAUCCCAGCAAAUUUUCCUUGCGAAACUACCUUUACUCUUGGAGUAAAUCAAGACCUUGUCGUGUACGAUAGUCCUUCGAAGGUGGAUGGGCUCUCUGACAGAUUUACAAUGUAUGGCGCUCAUCCAAGUGGAAGAACGUACUUCAACAGAAAUCGGACGUCUAGCUCUACGUGAUUUCGGGAUAUGGGAGGGCGUGCUUUUAUGAUGAUGUAGCCUGUAUUCAUACGUACGGUUUUUUUUUUCCUUUUCCACAACAUUAGCGAGCACAGGAAAUAAGAAGAACUCUAUUUUCUUCUUCCCCCGGCUACCCCCUUGCGCUAGCAGUCAAUAAAUCCCCCCCGGUGGCUAUUUUAUACGCCCACUCGACGCGGACGGAAAAAAGGGGGUCUUUGAACAGGCUAAUGGUAAUGGUAUCAAAGUGUACUCUAGUUCCGCGUUUGGCUCCUGUCAGGUUUACGGAUAAAACUGAAAUUCAGGAAAAUCGGAAUAGUGGUUUACUAGUUUGACUUGUUUUGUUUUUUCGUCCCUUUCAUUGCUGAUCAGGUACCCAAAACUACAAUUUAUGUCUUUUCGACGGAAAUAAGUUUUAGACAGUGCGAGAGUUUUGCUUGCAGGACACUAUAUUUUUCAUUUAUCCAAUCUGUUUUCCUCUGCAACUUACAUGUAGCACAGAAUAGGCCAUUAUAGGGAAUACCCUUCUCUGGAAAUGAGCAGCCUCUCCGGCAUGCAAAAAAGGGUAUCUUACGUCCGAUAAGAAGGUGUCAAACGAAUCUUCAAAAGAGACUGGGCAGCCUGUGACGCGAUCAAUUCGUUUUUUCAAUCGCAUGGUCUCUAAAACGUUACUGAAAUCAUUUCAUGACCGUGGAUGUCAAAGAUAAGAGAAAGGACAACUGCCGGAUUUUGAUUGAAUUCAGUGCAGCGUGAUCUUUGAGUCACAGUACGUUUAUUAAUUUUUUUAGUAACACCUUAUAAAGGAAAUACUAAGUUACACUUAUAUACUAGGCAGUUUAAGAAAGCUUAUUAAAAACUGGG